AUGUUUCGUAAAGUUUUAGACGCGGAGAUGAAGGAUUCAGCGAAGUGUAGUGCAAAAUGAACAACCGCAAAGAAAUAACAGAUAUUGUGGGGAAAAGACCUUCUUAGAAGAUUUUCAGUUGAGUCAUUGAUGUAUACAAUUUAUUUUGUAACGGAAAACUUUUUGGUCUUCGAGCUGGCGACCACAGGUUACUUAGGCUCUGCAAUAUUUUUAUUAAAGAAAAUUACAUUACUCUCAAUGAAAGGUUGUUUAAAACGUUUUACGGCGGCCUGA